GUCCCCCACAAUCCACUGCAAACUCCCCUGACGCCUGUGUUUACUGUGGCGUCUCUGUUGUUCAGUGUCCGUGAAGCUAAACAGGCCUUUCAACAUGGAUUCAGCACUGAAACUCACACAUAAGGUGGAAAUGAGCAUCACUGCGCUGACGUCAGACUCAAAUGAAGAAGCUGCCAUCAGGAGUUUUCCUGAGCCGUGAGGAGCAGCGACUGACAGGACGGGUGUGAGGAAGCAUCAGCGGCUCUGCAGGUCGGACAGACGCUUGAAGAGCAGAGAAGAGAAGAGUUCAGCCAACGGUUCAUCUGCAAAAACUAAAUCUAAAUGUUUUGAGUACUGUAAUAAAAUACCUUCUCAUUCACGAACAAAACAUCAUCCAUUGAUUUUGGAGGUGUUCCUCCCUUUAAACAUGGCAUUUGUGUUGCCUUUCCUCCUCCUGCUUUCCCUCUCGAUCCAGACGGGAGCUCAGCGCGUCUCCAGCGAUCUCAGAUCCCAGCCUGUUAGAGUUGUUAUUUCAGACACAUGCACACAGGACGGGGCCAGAGAGAGAGAGAUGGACUUGGACCCUGAUUCUCCUCUGGUCCUGACCCAUCGGAUCCGUCUGCUGCCCGGAUCAGGCUCAGGUUGUGGUCAGUGCGAGGUGGACUUUGCAGCCUUGCGUGAGCGUAUUGAAAGACUGGAGAAGGAGGUGUCGGAUCUGAGGCAGAAAUGUGGAGGUCCGGAUGGAUGCUGCACCUCCCAGCAGAGCAAAGGUGCGGUCUGUACCACCGCUGGUCCCUCGACUGACGAGUGUCCGGAUGACUGCAGUGACCAGGGUCGCUGUGUCGAUGGGAAGUGUGUGUGUUUCUCAGGAUUCAGUGGGCCGGACUGCAGUAUCCCGGACUGUCCUGAUGACUGCAACAGCCGGGGCCGGUGUGUGAACGGACAGUGUGUGUGUGACGCAGGCUUCAGCGGCCCGGACUGCUCUGUAAAAACAUGUCCGGAUAACUGCAGCAGCCGGGGCCGGUGUGUGAAUGGGAAGUGUGUGUGUGACGCAGGCUUCAGUGGCCCGGACUGCUCGUCCAGCACGUGUCCCGGGAACUGCAAUAACAGGGGCCGCUGCGUGAACGGCAGGUGCGUGUGUGAGGCCGGGUUUACCGGCCCUGACUGCGGGAUACGGAGCUGUCCGGAGAACUGCAACAACCGGGGACGCUGUGUGAACGGAAAAUGCGUGUGUGACUCUGGAUUCAUGGGUCAGGACUGCUCCGAGAGGUCCUGCCCCGGGAACUGCAACAGCCGGGGCCGCUGUGUGAACGGAAAAUGCGUGUGUGACUCUGGAUUCGCUGGUCAGGACUGCUCCGAGAGGUCCUGCCCUGGGAACUGCAACAGCCGGGGCCGCUGUGUGAACGGAAAAUGCGUGUGUGACUCUGGAUUCGCUGGUCAGGACUGCUCCGAGAGGUCCUGCCCCGGGAACUGCAACAGCCGGGGCCGCUGUGUGAACGGAAAAUGCGUGUGUGACUCUGGAUUCGCUGGUCAGGACUGCUCCGAGAGGUCCUGCCCUGGGAACUGCAACAGCCGGGGCCGCUGUGUGAACGGAAAAUGCGUGUGUGACUCUGGAUUCGCUGGUCAGGACUGCUCCGAGAGGUCCUGCCCCGGGAACUGCAACAGCCGGGGCCGCUGUGUGAACGGAAAAUGCGUGUGUGACUCUGGAUUCGCUGGUCAGGACUGCUCCGAGAGGUCCUGCCCUGGGAACUGCAACAGCCGGGGCCGCUGUGUGAACGGAAAAUGCGUGUGUGACUCUGGAUUCAUGGGUCAGGACUGCUCUGAGAGGUCCUGUCCGGGGAACUGCAGUAACAGGGGCCGCUGUGUGAACGGACAGUGCGUGUGCGAGCCGGGCUUCUCUGGGCCGGACUGCUCUGUAAAAACAUGUCCAGAUAACUGCAGCAACCGCGGACAGUGUGUCAAUGGGAAGUGUGUGUGUGAGAGCGGCUUUACUGGACCGGACUGCGCGUCCAGAUCCUGUCCUGGAGACUGCAGUAACCGGGGCGUGUGUAUCGACGGCCGGUGCGAGUGUGAGAGCGGCUUCACUGGACCCGACUGCUCGUCCCAGGCUUGUCCCAGUAACUGCAAUAACAAGGGCAGAUGUGUGAAUGGGAAGUGCGUCUGUGACGUGGGCUUCUCUGGUCAGGACUGCUCCAGCAAAACCUGCCCCAACAACUGCAGUAACAGGGGCCGCUGCGUGAGGGGCCGCUGCGUGUGUCGGCGGGGUUUCACGGGGCCCGACUGCAGCGAGUGUCAGGCUGGGUUCACUGGGGAAAACUGUGACGUCGCGCUGGCGGGCGUCUCUCGUCUCAGCACCAGGGACAUCACCGAGUCCUCCGUCACGCUGUCCUGGACUCCAGCGGCUGUGCAGUACGACACCUACCACAUCACCUUCACCAGCACGAAAGAAACUGAGCAGAAAAUAAGCUCCAUAAUCAGCGGCACACUGAACACGUACACUCAGGUCGGACUGGCCGCUGGACAGCAGUACAUGGUCAGCAUCACUGGAGAGAAAGAUGGCGUGAUGGGAACGGAGAGCACAACGCAAUUCACCACACUGAUCUCUGGGCCAAAAGACUUGCACGUUGUGAAGACAAGCACUACAUCAGUCAUUGUCCAAUGGGAGAAGGCGCAGGGGGAGAUUGACAGGUACGUCCUCUCCGUUGCACCCAAUCAGACAGAUGGAUCCGGCAGACUUCCAGAGUUAAACCUGCCCCCGGAGAGAGAUUCGGCCCAGAUCGAUGGCUUGCAGCCGGGCCGCUUGUAUGACAUCUCGUUAGUGGCGGAGAAAGGCGGCGACCGGAGCCGGCCCGCAUCCGUACAGGCCACUCCCGGCCCGGAGCCUCCGUCUGAUCUUGUCUUCAGCGAUGUGACCGACGGUUCUUUCACCGUGUCCUGGACCAAACCCAAGAGCAAGGUGUCUGGAUUCAAGAUCACACACACUCAAGUACAAGAAGGUGAGCCGAUCUCUGUUAGCGUGAACUCAGAAACGCUCCGUCUGGAUCUCUCAUCGAUGUCGCCCGGCUCCACCUAUGAAGUCAGCGUGAUGUCUGUGCUCGGACAAGACGAAAGCGACUCCAUCAAAGGCACUGUAACCACCUUGCCUGAUGCUCCAACAGACCUGAGGGCCAUAAAUGUCACCGACAGUAAAGCGCUGCUGCUGUGGAGACCCGCCCUGGCAACCGUCGACCAUUACAUCAUAGUGUACAGUUCAGACACAGCACCUGGAUCUGGAAUAACCAUCAAAGUCUCUGGCAAUGCAGCAGAACAACAGCUGCAGGGCCUGCGAUCCUCCACGCAGUACAGUGUGAGUGUUCAGAGCCGACGGGGAGACCUGAGCAGCUCCAGAGCGACCACAGUCUUCAGCACCACAGGUGCUGGUAAAAUAGUGGAUGGUCCUCGUGAUCUGAAGGCCAGUCAGGUGAUGCCUCGUACCGCAGUGUUGUCAUGGAAACCACCUGUAUCGGCCAUCACUGGUUACAAGCUGAGCUACUACACGGACAACCAGGACAUUAAGGAAGUAAUUGUUGAGCCCACAGCAACAGAGCUGAAGUUAAGCAGGCUGAAGCCGUCGUCCACAUACACGGCUCGUCUGCGGGCCGUGAGCGGCGGUCUGGACUCGACGGCCAUCUCCACAGAGUUCAGCACUGGGAAUCUCCGUUUCCCGUUUCCCACUGAUUGUUCCCAGGAGCAGCAGAAUGGAGUGCUGGAGUCAGGAAUCUUGGAGCUGUUUCCGCAGGGCAGAGAGGGAAAACCAGUGAUGGUUUACUGUGACAUGGAGACGGAUGGAGGCGGCUGGAUGGUCUUUCAGCGAAGAAAGGAUGGGAAGACAAACUUCUUCCGGAACUGGCGGGAAUACAGCAGUGGAUUCGGAGCACUGGAUGGGGAAUUCUGGCUUGGAAACGAGCUGCUUCACAACUUCACUAAGAUGAGUCCAAUGACCCUCAGAAUUGACCUGAGAGCAGGAGACGAGUCCGUUUACGCACGUUAUUCCUCGUUCUCCGUGGAAAAUGCAAAAAAACACUACACCAUCAGAGUCUCGGGAUACUCGGGCACAGCCGGCGACUCGAUGUCGUACCAUGACGGCCGGCCGUUCUCCACGCGGGACAGAGACCCUCAGCCGUUCAUCACGCGCUGUGCCAUGUCUUACAGAGGUGGCUGGUGGUACAAGAACUGCCACGAGGCAAACCUCAACGGCCUGUACAACACCAACAAAAACCACCAGGGAGUGAUCUGGACUGAGUGGAAAGGCAAGAAUUUCUCCAUUCCCUUCACUGAGAUGAAAUUCCGUCCCGCUUCAUUCCGGCCCUAGUAAGAGAGAGACGGGACGAGCCGAACGCUCUCCCUUCAUGGACAAAUACCUACACAUGCUCACUGAAAAGCAUCAUUAUUGCACGUAUAUCCUCACCAUCAUCAACACAUAUAUACACGUACUCCACCUGAAAUACGUCAAGGCUGUUUAUGUGUAGCCCAUAUAUUGUAUUGUACAGUUGUUGGAUUGUCUGUGCGUCGUGACGCUCCGCAGCAGCUGUAGGAAAUAUUAUGCACUGCCUUCUUCACUACGAUCAAGCUGCGGACCAGAGUCACGUAUAUCAGCUUGAACUGUCAAGAGUCUGUUUGUAUUCAUAUUGCAUUGUAUGUAACAUAUUUCAGUGUCAUUCAGAAUGAUUUCAUAAAAUAAAAUAAAAAAAACUGUAAGUGGA